AUGUCUAAAGAUAUCGUAUCAUUUAACGACACAAUUUCUCCAGAUCAUCCUAUCUAUAAACCAGAAAAGGGUAGAUACUGGCUGUAUAUUGGCGGUGGUUGUCCAUAUGCUAGUAGAGCUCUAAUUGCAAGGGCCGUAAAGGGUCUAAAUAAUAUCAUUGGUGUCUCUGUAACUCAAUGGAUGUUAGGUGAUGAAGGUUGGAAGUUUUUACAAGCUGACCCUAAAGAAAUGGGUGACAAUGCUUAUAAAGUCGACGGUGGUGUCAGAGGGUUUAAAGAUGAUACUUCAGGGCCAAUCGGUGAUCUUCCUGACGAUUCUUCCAGAUUAUUUAUUGAUGGAUCCUUCGACCCAAACUAUGGUGUAAAAUGUGUCAAAGAGCUUUAUAUGAUAAGCAAUAAAAAUUAUAAAGGAUCAUUUUCUGUACCAAUUCUAUGGGAUUUAAAGACUAAGACUAUAGUUAAUAAUGAUAGUGGUGAAAUCAUUAGAAUUUUGAAUUCUUCGUUUAAUGAAUUCAUUGAUCCACAAGAUGCUGAAAAGAAUGUUGAUUUAGCACCAAAGGAAUUAACUAAAGAAUUAGACGCUUAUAAUCAAUGGUUGGGUCCAAAUAUUAAUUAUGGUGUCUAUAAAGUUGGUUUAGCUAAGAGUCAAUCCUUAUUUGAAGAAGAGACUAUAACAUUAUAUAAAGCACUUGAUGAGGUUGAAAAUAAAUUGAAAUUAAGAUAUGAAAAAUUAUCAAAGGAACAUAAUUCAGAGAAAGAAAUUUUGAAAAGAUUUUACUUAUUUGUAGACCAUAUCACUGAUGCAGAUAUUAGAUUAUUUACUACUAUGAUUCGUUUCGAUCCAGUUUACAGUUAUCAUUUCACUUGUAAUUACAAAUUGAUAAGAAGUGAUUAUCCAUUUAUCUCAAAGUGGUUAAAGAAUCUAUAUUGGAAUCGUUCAGGUUUUAGGGAAACUACAAAUUUUGAACAUAUUAAGCUAUUUUAUACACGUUCAAGAAAACUUCGUAACACUUUAAGUUUGACUCCAUUAGGUCCAGAACAUGAUAUCCCAAGAUUAUAA